CGGUUAAAUUGUGUGGGUAAAUUGGUCGACGCUGGUGCAGACACCAAUCAGUUAAAUGAAGAGAAAGAUACACCUAUAUCUAUAGCUGCUAACGUCAAACACGUGAAUGGUGAUAAAGUAACACCUGUAGUUGUAGCCGCUAGAAAAGGAUUGUAUGACGUCGUGAAAUAUAUGUUAAAGCAUGGUAUUGAUUUACAUUAUGAGAAUAAUUUGGUCUAG